AUGGAUAAUGUAGAAAAAGAAAAAUACCAAUUGGACCACGUUGGUGUACAUUGUAGUGUUAGUGAUUGUAGAUUAUUAGAUUUUUUACCAUAUAAAUGCGAAUGUGGAAAGCAGUAUUGUCAUGACCAUCGUGAUCCAGAAGCACAUGAUUGUAUAAAAAAAAAUGAAAAGAUAAAUAAAAUAGUGCAUCCUUGUCCGAUAUGCAAUUGUUUAGUUAAAGUUGAUUCGGUGGCUUCAAUCGAUCAAGUUAUUUCAAGGCAUAUAGAUAGUGGUGAAUGUGGUAAAACUAAACCUAAUGUACCUAAAAGUUAUGCAUGUACAUUUAAAAGUUGUAAAUCUACCGAGUUUGUAAAAGUAUUGUGUGAUAAAUGUAAAGUUAAUUAUUGUUUAAAACAUAGAUUUCCAUCAAGUCACAUGUGUCCAGGGAAACCAAUAAAUAAUACAUCAACUAAAACAGCAAAGGCAUCAUUUACCACAACAUCAACAACAUCAUCAUAUAAAAAUAUUAGCGAUUCACAAUAUCAUACUGAACAAAAAAAACAAAAAAAUGAUUUAACAAGUUUAAGAGAAGAACAAAAACAAAGAUAUAUUUCAGAUACUUUAAGAAAUGUUAAAGAUUUUAUAAAUAUUAAUCGUACUGAUGGUACUAUUCCUUAUGCAAUUUGUAAAGAUUCUUCUGGCCAAACACCAUUUUCUAUUUCACAACUUGAUUUAACAUUACAACAAUUAAAUUUACUUCCAAUCUCAACUUUAUACAUGGUUCCUUUAGACAAUAGAAGCGGAGGAGCAGGUGGUAAUAACAACAAUAACAAUAAUACAAACCAAGAGGGUUUACUAUCUUUUUUAAAUCCCUUUAAAUUUUUCAAAUAG